UCUAAUCUUAAAAAAUGCAUUUUGUUACUGUUUGCAUAAUUUUAUUAUUGAGUGUCUUCUUCUGCUUUGUCACGGGUGAUGACCUAACCAACUGCAUGAAAGCUUGUCAUAUUGAAUAUGAACCAGUUUGUGCAACCAUUACAAAUAAUGAAGGUAAAUCGUUUGAGUGUUCUUUUAUAAAUGAAUGUUUUUUGGAAGAAUUUAUGUGUGUAAAAGACAUAAAAGAUUUAGAAAAAAAGCCAGAUGCUUGUUCAGAGGAUCCUCCAGAAUGUAUUGAUAUUGUCAAGGAUGCAUUAGUAGGGACAGACGACAAUGAAUUCGUGCCAAUUGUCACACCAUAGAGUUGUUUCAAUAAAAAUUACUGAUUAAAAAUUAUUUAUUAUUUCAAAGUUUAAUUCUAUAACUGUGACUGUAGAACAUCGAUGUCCAAAGAUGGGUAUCGUAGAAAAGGUUUAUAUAUUUUUUGAAAUAUAUGGAAUAGAAUAUAAAAUUCAAA